UGAAAUAUUGGAAAAUAUCCGAAAUUUACUUCAGUCAGCAGUAGCUAAGAGAAUGAUGGGAGAUAGAGAAAUUGGAUGUCUUCUUUCUGGAGGACUGGAUUCGAGUCUGAUUGCAGCUUUAGUGAAUGAAGAACUGAAACGGGUUGACAGUUCUGCAAAACUCUAUACUUUCACAAUCGGAAUGAAGGCAAGUCCUGAUGUCGAGGCAGCACGGUUGAUGGCGAAUCAUAUUGGAAGUUGUCACAAAGAAAUUCUCUUUACAGAGGAAGAAGGAAUAUCCCAUUUAGAUGAGGUGAUUAAAUGUAUAGAAAGUUAUGAUGUAACUACGGUGAGGGCGUCUACUGCAAUGUAUUUAAUAAGCAAAUGGAUAUCCGAAAACUCCAAAUGUGCCGUUAUUAUGUCGGGAGAAGGCUCUGACGAACUAUGCCAAGGAUAUUUAUACUUUAAGAAUGCCCCAUCGGCAGAAGAAGCAGAUAAAGAGUCCCGAAGACUGUUAAACGAUAUUUAUUUGUACGACGGACUUAGAGCAGAUAGGACCACUGCAAACUCUGGGUAA